AUGCCGCCUCCGCCAGAUCUAUCCCAUCACAUCCUCCCCGAGCUCGUCUCCAAACAGAUCUUCCAAACACAGAUCCUCCCCGCCGACCUGCCCGCCACACUAACCCGGCACCCCACCCGAGCCCGGCCCUUGGCGGUGCUCAUCGUCGGCCAAACCGGCGCCGGCAAAACUCGCACCGCACCGGCCGUCCUCUCCGCCAUGAACCGCAUCAACCCCCCGGCGCACUUCAUCGCAGACGUCUACAAGGCCCACCACCCGUCCUACCUGACCCUCAUCUCCUCUCCGAACCCCGCGCACGCAUCGCCGGCCACCGGCCCAGACGCGCGCAAAUGGCUCGCUAUGGCCGCUGCGGAGGCCAUCUCUCGCAAGCUUGACGUGCUCCUGGAGAGCGCGUGUCGGCACCCAGACGACUUUCGCGACCUGGCGAGGAUGUUUGGGGAGGCAGGGUAUCGCGUCGAGGUCGUGGUGAUGGCUGUUCCCGCGGCGCUGAGUCGGUUGGGGAUCCUGCACCGGUUCUAUGAGAGAUUGCCGGACGCCGGGAGCGGCAAUCUGCCCAUUAGGCUGACGCCGGUCAAAAUUCAUGAUGACUCAUACGCCGGGCUGAUGAGCGUUGCGGAAUGGAUUGAUGAGGUUGACUACGUUGACCGGGUGCUGGUUGUGAGGCGAGGAAACAUGGUUGCUUUCUCUGAUGACAAGACUGAGACAGGUAAGCUUAGUGGCAAGGUUGCGGAAGCAUUGAGAAGGGAAAGGGAAAGACAUCCCACUGCGGAGGAGAAAAAGAUUGCUGUAGCGGACCUUGAGAAGUUAGAAGCCCGAGAUGGCAAGUCGGCAGUGGAAGUCAAAGGUCUGUUUGAGCCGUUACUCAGAGCAGAAGAGCAGGGAUAUCCAGAGCUGCUACCGUUAGAGUUUCCGCCCAGCACAAGAAAGGAUGCGCUGCUCACGCUGGGCGAGGUAGUGGCUUCCGUGGAAGGUACCUGGCUGCCCUGGUAUGCCGGCAGGUUCGACGCUGGUCCAAGCUCCACGCAGCAGGCAGGCCCUGACGUGGAGGGGCACGAAUUGGAAGUGGAGCUGGGUGAGGUCACACCAACCUUCCAGAAGCCCCCGCGUAAAUCGGUCCACGUGACGCAAAAGGGUUGUCUGCCCUACAGAGCUCGACCACUAAAACUUCCCCGACAGGCCUGGUCCUCCAGACGAACAUCAUCACCAACACCUCUCAUCUCAAAGGACAACUUCGUGGUCACGAUGAGAGCCAAGUGGAGAAAGAAGCGCGUUCGCCGUCUCAAGCGCAAGAGAAGAAAGAUGAGGGCUCGCUCACUCGCAAGCCCACCACAAGACGUCCAACUACCACCAGUCCUUACCCGCCAGCACCCAGAGACAGCAGGGACGAUGGCGGACGCCAACGGAAGAAAGAGAAAGAGAGACGGCGACGCCGCCGCCAAGUCGAAGAAGAAGCAGGCUACCGAAAUGCCGUCAAAAGUCACGAUCUCUUCGGUUUCACAGGCCAAGUUCUGCCCACCUGUCGUUGCCUCCUCCCCUGGCAUUAGGAUAUCAAAGAACACCUCUUUUACCCCAUACGUCAAGUCAGACAUUCAAUUGUCAGGCAGGCGCAAACAGAAGACCCCCGCAGUGGCGCAGGACCUCCUUCUGCACUCGAAUACUCACCAGACGAUGGACUACACGGCUAGAGAAGACGGCAACGGCGACUCCGAAAAGUCGUUGAAGCACUACAUUGGAGUGUUUGACCCGAAGACGGGCAAGCUAGAAGUGGUGGAGGCCAAGAAGAUGGUGGUUCGGGGCACAGCCAGAGCCAAGCAAGCCUCGGAUGAGGCGAUGACUGCACCGGCAGACUACCAGAGCUUCUACGCGCUCAAGACCGAUCUUGGUCAGACCUUCGGUACGAGGAAGGCCAAGAAGGCCAUCGAGUCUGUCACACUCAACGCUAUCGAUCCCAACAAGGGCAAGGCUGGCGCUUCCCCCCGCAAGUCUACCGCCGCGGACAAGGCAACGCUCAAGCAGAUCGGCGAGAUUACCGCGACUAUGGCGUCCAAGGAAGAACUCCAAGACAUUGUCGACCAGGCCAAGCCCGUCCCCCGUCCCAAUCUCGAGGCCGAUGCCAUCCAGGACGUGUACGAUCCCGACGAGUUCAUCGGGCGCGAGGUCCUCGCCGCUGUCCCCGUCAAGGACUGGAUCGAGCCGACCAAGAAGGGCGAGGACGUGCAGGUCUACUCCAGGCACGUGGCCGCGCGCGUCAAGAAGAUUGUCGACACUGGAAACGUUACCAAGAUCCGCCUUCUGCGCUACUUCUACUUUUUGUUCCUGUUCUAUACGAUGGCACAACCAGGAAAGCAACGCGGCACCAAGCGUGUGCCUCCCCGCGAAAAGCUCAAGGAGAAGCUCGCGCCAGCUCCUCAGGCUGUCAUCGAGCAGAUCCGUCGCAAGUUCUCAGAUGGCGGCGAGAUCCGCAAGUUCCACAGCGAUUUGCUUAUUGCACACUGCUGCGCUCUGGCUUGUAUCAUCGAUAACUUCGAGGUCGAUACCUCCAAGCUGCGGGAGGAUAUGCGUCUCGACCAGAAGGAUAUGAAUACCUACUUCUACGAGAUUGGUGCUCGCGUAAAGCCUGUCGCUGGCAAGGAGAAGGGCAAGCAACACCAUCUGGCGAAAUUGGCCCUGCCACUACAAUUCCCCAAGCUUAGAUCUCUCGCACCCAAGCGCCGCUAG